AUGCUGAGUACUCUUGCCAGAGGCUGCCGCUCGGUUGCGGUUCGCAACUACUCCGCUACACUCGAUGCUCAUGGAAAAGUUCUUGAUGAGCAAAAGCCAAUGGAUGAGCAAGUCAGCCCGUCGUUCUACAAGAUGGUUGACUACUACUUCAACAAGGGAGCUGACGUUAUCGCCCCAAAGCUUGUUGAGGAAAUCAAGUCAAACUCCUUGAGUCAGAUGGAUAAGAAGAACUUGGUUGCUGGAAUUUUGGGAGCUAUUAAGCCAGUAAACAAAGUUCUCUACAUCACGUUCCCAAUUCGUCGUGACAACGGCGAGUUCGAGGUUAUCGAGGCCUGGCGUGCGCAGCACUCUGAGCACAAAACUCCAACUAAGGGAGGUAUCCGUUACUCCAUGGAUGUCUGCGAGGAUGAGGUGAAAGCUUUGUCUGCGCUUAUGACCUACAAAUGCGCUGUUGUUGACGUUCCAUUCGGUGGAGCCAAAGGAGGUGUCAAGAUCGAUCCAAAGAAGUACACUGACUACGAAAUCGAGAAAAUUACUCGUCGUAUCGCUAUCGAAUUCGCCAAGAAGGGAUUCCUCGGUCCAGGAGUCGAUGUUCCAGCCCCAGAUAUGGGAACUGGAGAGCGCGAAAUGGGAUGGAUCGCUGACACCUACGCUCAAACCGUUGGACAUUUGGACAGAGAUGCAUCUGCAUGCAUCACUGGAAAACCAAUCGUCAGCGGAGGAAUUCACGGACGUGUUUCCGCUACUGGAAGAGGAGUCUGGAAAGGACUUGAGGUUUUCACCAACGAUGAGGAGUACAUGUCCAAGAUUGGAUUGACCACUGGACUCGAAGGAAAGACUGUUAUCAUUCAAGGAUUCGGUAAUGUUGGACUCCAUACUCACCGCUACUUGCACCGCGCCGGAGCCAAGAUUAUCGGAAUUCAAGAAUGGGACAGUUCCAUCUACAACCCAGAUGGUAUUCACCCGAAAGAACUGGAAGAUUGGAAGGAUGCCAACGGAACGAUCAAAAACUUCCCAGGAGCCAAGAACUUCGACCCAUUCACUGACCUCAUGUAUGAAAAGUGCGAUAUCUUCGUCCCAGCUGCGUGCGAGAAGUCGAUACACAAGGAAAACGCCGCCAAGAUUCAGGCUAAAAUCAUUGCCGAAGCUGCUAAUGGACCAACUACCCCAGCUGCCGACAAGAUUCUUCUCGCUCGUGGAGAUUGCUUGAUCAUCCCAGAUAUGUACGUCAACUCUGGUGGUGUCACUGUUUCAUACUUCGAGUGGUUGAAGAACUUGAACCACGUCUCUUACGGUCGUCUUACUUUCAAAUACGAGGAGGAAACCAAUAAGAUGCUUUUGGCCUCCGUUCAAGAGUCGGUUUCUGGUGCCAUUGGAAAGGAGUUCCAAGUUAUGCCAAACAAGGAAUUCGCCGCUAGAAUCGCCGGAGCCAGCGAGAAGGAUAUCGUUCAUUCUGGACUUGAAUACACCAUGCAGAGAUCCGGAGAAGCCAUUAUCCGUACCGCUCACAAAUACAACUUGGGAUUGGACAUCCGUACCGCGGCUUACGCCAACUCUAUCGAGAAAGUCUACAACACCUACAGAACUGCUGGAUUCACUUUCACAUAA